UCCUUCCCGCCGCACCCCGCGCGCGCUGCCGGGCGCCAUCUUGAGGCGCCUCCUCUGCGGGAGCCGAGCGCCAAACUCAAAGCGCAAGAUGGCGGCGGAGCUCCUGUUCAACCGCGAGGUGUGCGUGCAGGCGCGGGGCCAGGGCUGCGAGGACAGGAGAUUAAAUGUUCGAGUGAAUGUUGAGCUGCUGUCAAUUUCUAGCCCUGUUCAUAAAAAGGAUUUGGCUGUGAGACUGACUGAUGAUGCUGAUCCUUUUUUCCUUUAUAACCUUGUCAUAUCCGAGGAAGAUUUUCAAAGUUUAAAAUCCCAGCAAGGUCUCUUGGUGGAUUUCUCCGCUUUCCCACAGAAGUUUAUAGAUUUGCUACAACAAUGCAUUCAAGAACAGAACAAAGAUAUCCCAAGGUUUUUGCUGCAGUUAGUUUCUUCAGCAUCUGUUCUAGAUCACACACCUGUCUCUUUAAAUGUAGUGGAGACCAACCCUUUCAAACAUCUUACCCAUCUCUCUCUAAAAUUCCUACCGGGAAAUGAUGCAGAAAUAAAGAAAUUUUUAGCCAGCUGCUUGAAGUGCCUUAAGGAAGACAAAAUGAUAUUGGAAGAAAAGCUUAGGAAAACUGAAGAGGAUUCUACCAGACAACUGAGCUACACUCAACAGAGCUUGUCAGAGAAGAGCCGAGAACUGGACAAACUGAAGAAUGAAUGGACAUCAUACACUGCUGCUCUGACAAGCAAACACACGCAAGAGCUGACAGCUGAGAAGGAAAGAGCUCUCCAGGCACAAACUCAGUACCAACAACAGCACGAACAACAGAAAAAGGAAUUGGAAAGUUUGCAUCAGAGAAGUAUUCAACAGUUGCAGAAUAGACUCUCAGAACUUGAGGUCAUCAAUAAAGAUCUAACAGAAAGGAGAUACAAAGGAGACUCUGCUGUCAGAGAACUGAAAGCAAAGCUUUCUGGAAUUGAAGAUGAAUGUCAAAGAGCCAAGCAGGAGGUGGUGUCACUGCGUCGAGAGAACACCACUCUGGAUGCUGAAUGUCACGAAAAGGAGAAACUCAUUAACCAGCUACAGACCCGGGUUGCUGUUCUGGAGCAAGAGAUCAAAGACAAAGAUCAACUGGUUAUUAGAACAAAAGAAGUGCUGGAUGCGACACAAGAACAAAAGGUGAUACUGGAGGAGAAUACAGAAAAGAAACGAAGUCAUAUUGAAAAGCUUGAGACAACAAUUAAGUCGUUGUCAGCUGAACUUCUUAAGGCUAAUGAAAUUAUCAAGAAGUUACAAGGAGAUUUGAAAACCCUAAUGAGUAAAUUAAAAUUGAAAAAUACAGUAACAAUUCAACAAGAGAAACUACUAGCAGAAAAAGAAGAGAGACUUCAGAAAGAACAGAGAGAACUGCAGGAGACUGGACAGUCUCUUCGAAUGAAAGAGGAGGAGGUUUGCAAGUUACAAGAACAGCUAGAAACUACAAUACAGAAACUGGAAGAAAGCAAGCAGUUAUUGAAAACCAACGAAAAUGUAAUCACGUGGCUAAACAAACAGCUGAAUGAAGUUCAGAUGGUAAAGAAGAUGGAGACUCCCAGCAGCACGCAGGGUGGUGUCAGGACUGCCCUGUCACCUCACAGCAUGCUUGACCGACCUUCCUUUCCCAGCUCAGGAAUCAGUCAUCCCAUUUCUCCCUUCUAUGCCUUCCAGAAGUUUGCAGAACCAGCGCGUAACAAAAACACCAGCCCCCACUGUCCAGUACCAAAGAUUCAAUUUAACUCACAGGUUUCAAAAAUAGAUCAGCAUUCAGAUGUUCAGGCAGUGACUGCAGCAACUGGUCAUCCAGCAAAUAAGGAAAACGGUGAUAACUUGGGGCUGGAAUCCAAGUAUUUCAAGAAAAAAGAAGACAGCAUUCCUUUACGAGGGCUUAGUCAAAAUACACUUAACUCAGAGUACUUGAAACCCUACUUACCAAAAGUCCAGCCGUCACCACCAGCUGCAGUGACAACAGCCUCAGCUUAUUUUCCAGGAUAGUAGCCAGGCAUAUUAAGAACUGUCUUUUAACUGUUUGGGGGAUAUGAAGAUGUCCUACACUGACAUUAGUAAAGGUAUCAGGGUGAACUGACAAUUUUGGCUGAAUCGAUUUUCUUUAAGGUAUCUUAUCUUAUUUGGAGCCUUUUCAGCUGAUUCAGAAAAGACAGUGCUUUAAGCAGCCUCAACCACUGUACUUCAGUCACUGAAUUAAGUGCUGCAUUUUUUCCUGGCCUGUAGUCUUCCAAAAAACCCAAGUAAUUGGCACUCACUUUUUUUGCUAUAGUAUUUAACAAGUGUGACUCUCUAACGAAGUGUAUUCUCUGGUAUUCCCUGAUAGGAAACAUGAUUCCUUAUAACACUUUCCUCUAGGUCCUUCAAAGAAAGGAUGUUGCAGAUAAUUUUCCAGCACUUUCUGGGCUGUUUAUUUUAAUAACAGUCAAGCUUGUGAGUUAACAUGACCCCUUCCUCUCUAGCAGUUUUAAUUUGGAAACCUUACUAAUUUGAAUUGCAUAUAAAUUUAUAAAGAAUAUAAUGGAAGAUCCUAAACCAUUUAUACCUUCGGUGAAAACUAAGGUUUAAAGACGUCACCUUGGGCUGCCGUAACUUCUUACCCAUCUGCCAGUACUACAUUCCUAACAACCAAUUAGCAUUAAAUACUAUAAAACUAUGUAUCUGAACAUUGUAACAGAUGAACUAAAGCCGACUUGUAUUUACUAAUCCUACUUUACAAACAUAAUACUGCACAGAAACCUACUUAAAAUAUUCUGACAUUCAAAUUGCAAUGGACUAAACCUAUUCAGCAUGUUCUAUCUAGGCUCAAAUGCUGGAAUCAUGUAACUAUAUUUCAUUCUUAAAUAUGGCAGGCACGUACUUGGAACAUCCAAAAUACACUUUUAUUGCAGAGACUGUCUACGUACUUCUGUUUUUAAAGAUACUUCAUACCUUAGAUAUUUAACUGCAGCUGAGGACUGUAUAUUUAAGUGGUUUGUUUUGCAGUGCAAAAUGUGUAUAUUUGUUUAUAAUCAGCACCGUGUUUACUUGUAUCUGUUUGUUUUGAAAUGUACAAGCUUCUCUAGAAAUAUUAAACGUUUAUCAAAAACUCUGAAAAGUAAUGCUUUAAGAGUAUUCAGUUACCAUGUCUGGUACUGGGACGUACCAAGAUGAGGUAAAUGCCAGAAUGGUGAUGUUUUACUCACCUUUCUCUGGACUUUCCUCCCAGCUCCUUUGCUCCCCACGCACUGCUGCAGUACCGGCCCAGCGCUGUGCUGCACGUAGGGUUCCCGUUUGGCAGCCACCCAUUUCUAAGUUGUGUGCUUGCACUGCUUUUUCUAGGUCAGCGUUAGUGGGUAUAAGAAAACUUAAAAGGAUGUGAAAAGAUGAACAAAUUUCAGAACAGGAAAGGCAGAAUUGCAGUACACUGAAUGUGAACUGCCUCCAUAAGCAACUAUCACUUAUGUAGUUCAUAUCCAUAAGAAUAUUAAGGAACUGAGAGCUGCAGAUAAAUGGUGCUGCUGAACAGAACGGAAAAUACCUGUAUGCUGAAGGCAGCCUUAGCUAACAAAUAAAAGUACUCCAGGCUUUUCUCAGACCUACUGCAGUAUAAGAAAUAUAGUAUAUGACUUUAAGGUUGCAAAUGACAUGACUAUUAUUUAAAAAUUCAUUAAAAUAUUCAGCUUUAUUAACAGUAUAUUUACAUAUUUUUUCCUGCUCUUGGUCAACCAUGGUGAAUGUUCAAAGGUAAAAAAGCAUUAAGCAAUAACCACAAGAUGAAAAUGUUUUAAACCUAUACAAUACUUUAUACACAAAUUUAUACAAAGGAACACUUAAAUAAUACAACUGGACACAAAAAUAUACACUUUUAGAGAAAUUCACAUCUGUCAUUGUAUAAAGCUUUCUUCUGUACUAAGGGGUCCUGAAAAUUUAGGACUAAAACAUUAGCUCUGUAAUGUAAAAGGGUUACUGUGACAGUCCUCAAAGGCCACUAUAUAUAGCACACUGACAUAUUCAAGGCUAUCAGCUUAUAGUUCAGUCUGUAUUCAAGUUUUGAGGUCCUUGUAUGAUUACGCAAACAUCAGAAAUAUAGUGGUAUAAUAAACAGUAUUUAUGAAAGCAGAGUUUUAGAGCCCAUAUUAAAAUCUGUAGGCUCAAAACACCCACCUAAUAUUUAAACAAAUGUUUGAUACUACCAUUUGUUCAAAAAUAGAGUAAAUGCACUUACAUAAAAAUAACUUUCACUGUUCAGCAAGCGUGCUUGUAGUUUUUAUAUUAGUACAAACUUUAAAAAAAAAAAA